AUGGCAAAAGUAGACCGACUUCUGGUGAAAUACAAGUCUGUAUUUCAGAGUGACAGAGGUACUCUAAAAGACAUUAAAGCAACACUGAACUUGAAAGCGGACGUGCAACCCAAGUUCAUGAAAGCAAGAUCCGUUCCAUAUUCCAUCAAGCCAAAGGUGGAGGCAGAGAUUGAAAAGUUAGUAAGUGAUGGAAUACUUACUAAAGUCAAUUACAGCGAAUGGGUCACACCAGUUGUGCCUGUUAUUAAACAGGAUGGAUCUGUAAGAUUGUGUGGUGAUUUCAAAAUCACAGUAAACCCAGUUCUAGAAGUUGAUCAGUACCCUUUGCCACGCAUUGAGGACAUAUUUGCAUCACUAGCUGGUGGUCAGCGUUUUUCAAAGAUAGAUCUGCGUCAGGCUUAUCUACAGAUGGAAGUUGAUGAAAAGUCACGUGACCUGUUAACACUGAAAAGGGGCUGUACCGUUUAG